AUGGACAAGUUCCUAAAAGAGAUGUGCAAUGUCAAGAGAGACGCGUGUGUCCAUAAAAAGGCAUUUUUGACCCAACAAGUUAGUUCCAUAAUCUCACAAAAGUACCCAGUCAAAUUUAAAGAUCCUGGUUGUCCUACUGUCACAUGUGUUAUAGGUAGCCAAAACAUAGAAAAUGCUCUUUUAGAUCUUGGGGCUAGUGUGAAUCGUUUACCGUUAUCGGUAUAUGAACAACUUGGACUAGGUGAGAUGAAACCAAUUAGGAUAACACUACAUUUAGCCGAUAGGUCAGUCAAAAUCCCACGUGGAAUUAUUGAAGACGUUUUGGUUCAGGUAGAAAACUUUAUCUAUCCAGUUGACUUUGUAAUUUUAGACACUCAACCUAUCUCUAGUCAAGAUAUCAAUAUCCCAAUCAUCCUAUGUCGUCAAUUUCUAGCCACUGCAAAUGCAGUCAUACAUUGUCAAACUGGCCUAGUAGAAUUUUCCUUUGGGAAUCAGAAAAUAUCGAUGAACGUUUUUAAGGCGUUACAAGCCCCACCAGACCAUGAACACUAUGAGUCUAUAUGCAUGAUUGAUUCUCUAGUUGAGAAUACCUUUACCACUAAUAGUGUUAGUGAUCCUUUAGAGGCGUGCUUGGCCCACUUUGGAGCCUACUAUGAUGAGGAUAGUCAUUUUGAAGAAGUUAAUGCGUUGUUAGAUUCUGCGACAGUAAUGAAUUAUGGGAAAUGGCAACGUAAACCAGAACCUCUUCCGCCGACCAUAGAUAAACCCCUCCUAUCAUCAGUUAAGCCCCCACCCUUGAAUUAA